AGGACAUCCCAUAUCCGCCGUACGCGGCCCGCACACGGUUCAGACGCUCAUCAAUCUCUCUCUCAUCGUCAUGAUUGACACCAUUGCCGCUUAUUCCAGAUUCACGUAUCUUCUUCAUACCGAUAAACACGUAGUAUUGAUGGAUUUGUUUUCUCGUUAUAAAUACACGCACUGAUAUCUUCCAAGAUAUACUCUCUCGAUUCAACGAACCCCGCAAUUGAAAAAUGCGCAAAUCGGUUCUCGCCUACCUCUCCCUCCUUCUUCUCCUCCUUAUCCUCUGCGGCUGUGCAAACGGUCGUGACCUUCCAUCGUCGUUGGAUCUGGUUUCCGAUGGCCUGCAAAGUGAGCGGGACCCACCUUAUCUGCUUCUCAAGUCGUUCUCUGCGGCGGGGGUGGAGGAGUCGUGUGAGCAGACGUAUGGGUUCUUGCCCUGCACCAAGACUACUUUGGGGAACUUGUUCUUGAUACUCGUUUAUGGCUACCUCAUGUUCACGUCGGCUACUUAUUUGUCUAGUGGAAGCGAGUUGCUGCUGGAGAUCCUCGGGCCUGGUAUUAUUGGCGGUCUCUUUUUGCCCGUCCUCGGCGCCCUUCCCGAUGCAAUGCUGAUUCUCGUAUCUGGACUUUCUGGAAGUAAAGAAACUGCUCAAAGUCAGGUAUCUGUUGGAAUGGGGUUAUUGGCUGGAUCAACUGUCAUGCUUCUUACUGUCAUAUGGGGAACUUGUAUUAUUGUUGGCAAGUGUGACAUUCAUGAUUCAAUCGCCAGAGAUGGACAAAAUACCAAAGGAUUUAGCUUGACUGGCAAUGGUGUUAGUACUGAUGUCUGGACAUGUUAUGCUGCAAUGAUAAUGGCUAUAUCUGUUAUCCCGUUUCUUGUUGUCCAACUACCUCAAGUUCUCCAUUCAACUUCAGGAAGACACUUAGCCGUCUUGAUUGCACUUAUUAUAUCAGUGUCAAUGUUGAUAUCUUAUUGCCUUUAUCAGGUCUUUCAACCAUGGAUCCAGAGGAGACGAAUUGUUUAUGCAAAGCACAAGCAUGUGAUAUCGGGAAUGUUAAAACAUUUUCAUGCAUUGGGAAAGCUUAUGACAGAUGAUGGUGAACCUGAUAUAGAUGCCAUAAAAAAGUUAUUUGUAGCAAUUGAUGCAAAUAAAGAUGAGCAAAUUUCUGCUACUGAACUAAAAGCACUGAUUAUUGGAAUCGGGUUUCAAGAGAUUGACUUGGAUAAAGAUGAUUCUAUGACUAAAUUGAUGGAAGAUUUUGAUACAUCUGGAAAUUCCGAAAUUGACAUGGAGGAGUUUGUAAGGGGCAUCACAAAAUGGCUUGAUGAAGCAAAACGGGCUUGUGCAACCUCUGAAGGUCGUGGUUCUCAGACAUGGAAGUUUAUAGAUGACUUUCACCUGCAAACAAAGAGAGAGCAUGCACUGUUGGGGCCAGAAGAUCAAAGUGAUGAAGUGGUCGAGGGUGUUGAAAAUUCCCGGUGGAUUUCAUUUAAAGCAGUACUUAUGUUGUUGCUGGGAACUAUCAUUGCAGCUGCAUUUGCUGAUCCUCUUGUAGAUGCUGUUGAUAACUUCUCUGACGCAACAAGUAUUCCUACUUUCUUCAUCUCAUUCAUUGCAUUGCCCUUAGCCACCAACUCAAGCGAAGCUGUUUCGGCAAUUAUCUUUGCCAGCCGGAAAAAGCUCAGAACUGCUUCAUUAACCUUUUCUGAGAUAUACGGGGCAGUAACCAUGAAUAACAUCCUCUGUCUCUCCGUCUUCCUAGCCCUUGUUUAUGUCAGGGGAUUGACUUGGGACUUCUCGUCCGAAGUGUUGGUUAUUCUUAUCGUCUGUAUUGUGAUGGGUGCUUUGGGCAGCUUGCGCACAACCUUCCCUCUUUGGACAUGUUCAGUGGCUUAUCUCCUUUACCCAUUUUCACUUGCUCUGGUUUAUGUUUUAGACUACGUUUAUGGUUGGUCAUAGAUGUAUUGACGAAGUCAUAUACUCGGCACUCUUGAGAAUGUUUGAUACGUUCUGUGAGUGAGAGACUGUAUCAGGAUUUCUAACUCUCAUAUAGGAGUUGAGGAAUUUUUGAAGAACCAGGAAUCCAGAUUAAUUGUGAUUCUUUGUUUGGAUCAGUUUUUAGGGUAUAUGCUCGAAACUUGAAUAUUUCUGAGCUUGGCUAUAGUUACUGCUAUUCUUCUGUAGUUUGCAUCAUAAUUACUUUAUAACCUUGUUUAUAUUUAUACUACUAUUCAGACCAUGAUACUGAAAUCUAUCAGCUUAGGAGCA